CUGGGACUUCUCUGCUGCACACUGGAGCUCCCACAAAUGUACUCUCAUCCAUGAUUGAUUGGCAAACAUUUCCAAGUUUGUUCUUCAGAACACUAGGGCCAAGAAACAGCAACAACAAAAAUGUACUCUACUUUAAAGAAGUAUAGGACAAACAGGACUGAAGAAUACAAUGAUGGUGGUAGCUCACCUCAAGGAAGAAAUAAAAAUUGGAGUUCUUUCCGAGGUAAUUUUGGCAAAAGGAACCCUCGUUAUGAACAUGGUGGAUAUGAGCCUUGGCCUUCACACCGCCGAGAGGAUGAUGGAAACGUGGUGAUGAGGGAUGUCCAGGAGGACCCCCAAGUAAGACACACUCCCUAUACCAUUCGACGCAAAAACAGAAGAGUGAAAUGGUAUAAUGAAGACCAUAUCCAUACGGCUGUGUGGAGAAACAGAAAACCUCUGGAGAGAGAAGUUGGGGGGAACACAAGAGAUGGAACCCCAGGAAGCUGGUUCAAGAUCACAAUUCCCUAUGGGAGAAAGUAUGACAAGACAUGGCUAAUGGAUUCAGUCCAGAGUCGUUGCAGUGUCCCUUUCACUCCAGUGGAUUUCCACUACGUGGAAAAUUGGGCUCGGUUCUUUGUCCAGGAUGCUGGCGCUGCCUCUGCACUGAUGGAUAUCAGCUACAAAAUUUGUGAUAACGAGAACCGAAAGAUAUCUAUCUUGGUCAGUCCCUCUGCUGAGCCCUACUCUGUGCGGUAUAAGUUGGAGCCUGAAGAAAUGGAGCAGCUAAAGCUGACCAUGAGCAAACGAUAUGAUGUCUCCCAGCAAGCUCUUGAUCUCCAGAGGAUUCGCUUUGACCCAGACUUGGUGGACCGUGAUAUUGAUAUAAUCCUGAAUCGGAGAAACUGCAUGGCUGCCACUCUGCAGAUCAUCGAGAAGAAUUUCCCCAAGCUGUUGUCUUUGAACUUGUGCGACAACAAAGUGUACCGGCUGGAUGGCCUGUCUGACAUUAUACAGAAGGCCCCCACGGUCAAGAUCCUGAACCUCUCCAAAAAUGAGCUGAAGUCAGCCAGGGAGUUGGACAAGAUGAAAGGGCUGAAACUCGAAGAGCUGUGGCUGGAAGGGAACCCCUUGUGUGACACUUUUCAAGACCAGUCCACCUACAUAAGUGCCAUCAAGGAAUAUUUCCCUGACUUGUUACGCCUGGAUGGCCAGGAGUUAUUCCAACCAAUUGUGGUUGACAUUGACACCCCCUACUUAAUAAAGCCCUGCAAGGAAAGCUAUAAAGGAUGCGAGACCCUGAAGAAUCUAGUCCUGCAAUUCUUGCAGGAGUAUUAUUUGAUCUAUGACUCUGGAGACAGACAGGGUCUUGUCGGUGCUUACCACGACGAGGCCUGCUUCUCCCUGACCAUUCCCUUCAACCCCGAGGAUGCAGCCCCAAGCAGCUUGUGCGAGUACUUCAAGGAUAACAGGAAUAUAAAGAAGCUCAAGGACCCCUAUCUGCGGGUUCAGCUGCUGAAACACACAAAAGAUGACAUCGUGCGCUCCCUCUGUGUGUUGCCCAAAACUCAGCAUGACUUCAGCUCCUUCUCGGUGGAAACUUGGUUCCAGACGGAAAGGAUGCUCUGCUUCUCUGUCAAUGGGGUGUUCAAGGAAGGAGAGUCUCCGAGUUCUGUCCAUGCCUUCACACGGACCUUCAUCGCUAUCCCUGCCAGCAAUUCCAAUCUAUGCAUCGUGAAUGACCAGCUGUUUGUGAGGAACGCCACCCUCAACGAGCGUCAGAGUGGAGUCUUCAUCCCAGUUCCCACACCCACCUCCAGCUCCGUGCCCUGCCUCUCCCAGGAGCAUCAAGAAAUGGUGAAGGCUUUCUCCACCCAGUCUGGGAUGAACCUACAGUGGUCUCAGAAGUGCCUUCAGGACAAUGAGUGGAACUACACCAGAGCUGGUCAGGUCUUCACUAUGCUCAAGACCGAGGGCAAGAUCCCAGAGGAGGCCUUCAAAGAAAUCCCCUAAAAGGAGCCGUUGGAUGUCGUCUUUGUCUUCAUCCCCAUCAUCUUUGUUUCUCUUUUCACCAGUCUAAGGCCAUGCCCACGACUGGGGGUGGAG